AUGCUGCUUUGGAUUCUGCUGCUGGAGACGUCUCUUUGUUUCGCUGCCGGGAAUGUUACAGGGGACGUUUGCAAAGAGAAGAUCUGCUUGUGCACCGAGAUCGAGGGCGACUUGCACGUCGACUGCGAGAAGAAAGGCUUCACCAGCCUGCAACGCUUCUCGGCCCCCACUUCCCAGUUCUACCAUUUGUUCCUGCACGGCAAUUCCCUCACUCGCCUUUUCCCCAAUGAGUUCGCUAACUUUUACAAUGCAGUCAGCUUGCACAUGGAAAACAACGGCUUGCACGAGAUCGUGCCGGGGGCUUUCCUGGGGCUGCAGCUGGUGAAGCGGCUGCACAUCAACAACAACAAGAUCAAAUCGUUUCGCAAGCAGACCUUCCUGGGCUUGGACGAUCUGGAAUACCUCCAGGCUGAUUUUAAUUUAUUGAGGGAUAUUGACCCGGGGGCCUUUCGGGACUUAAACAAGCUGGAGGUGCUGAUUUUAAACGACAACCUCAUCAGCGUUUUGCCUGCCAACGUGUUCCAGUACGUGCCCAUCACCCACCUGGACCUGCGGGGCAACCGCCUGAAAACCUUGCCUUACGAGGACGUGCUGGAGCAGAUCCCGGGCAUUGCUGAGAUUCUGCUGGAGGAUAACCCUUGGGACUGCACGUGCGACCUGCUCUCGUUGAAAGAAUGGCUGGAGAACAUCCCCAAGAACGCCCUGAUCGGCCGGGUGAUUUGUGAAGCCCCUACGAGGUUGCAGGGCAAGGAUCUAAACGAGACCACGGAGCAGGAGCUGUGCAGGAAAAACCGAGUGGAUUCCAGCCUGGCUGCUCCUCCCGCGGAAGAGGAGACGUGCGAUCCCGGGCCCAUCCCGACCCCCUUUAAAAUCCAUGGCAAGGAAGACCCUGCCACCCCGGGCUCUGCUCCUCACGGGGGUACAAAGAUCCCGGUGAACUGGCAGAUUAAGACUAGACCUACGGCUGCCGGCUCGACCAUCAACGUGAAAGGCAAGUCCUCCAGCAGUACACCUUGCCCUGCCACCUGCGUCUGCCACCAGAUCCCAGGAGGAUUCAAGGUGAAUUGCAACGAUGGCAACGUCAGCAGCCUGGUGGAUCUGAAACCCAAGCCGUCCAGCGUGCACGAGCUCUUCUUGAGGGGCAACAAAAUCCACACCAUUCGAAAAUCCCAUUUUGUGGAUUACCGCAAACUCAACCUGUUGGAUUUGGGCAACAACAACAUCGCCACCAUGGAGAACAACACCUUCAAGAACCUUCUGGAGCUGGUGUGGCUCUACAUGGACAAUAACUAUUUGGACACACUCUCUCGGGAGAAGUUCAAUGGAUUGCAGAACCUGGAAUACCUAAACAUGGAAUUUAAUGUCAUUCAGCUCAUCAUGCCAGGGACAUUUAAUGCCAUGCCCAAGCUGAGGGUUCUCAUCUUGAAUAACAACCUUCUGAGGUCCCUCCCUGUUGAUGUCUUUGCUGGGGUCUCCCUCUCCAAACUCAGCAUCCACAACAACUAUUUCCCUUACCUGCCAGUGGCAGGGGUGCUGGACCAGCUCACCUCCAUCACCCAAAUAGACCUGCAUGACAACCCAUGGGACUGUAAGUGCCCCAUUGUCCCUUUCAAACAGUGGGUGGAGAUGUUGCGACCCAAGGUGAUGAUGAGUGACUUGAGAUGUGAGACUCCAGAAGAAUUCUUCAAGGAGGACUUUGAAUCCCUCUCCAAUGAGGCCAUUUGCCCUCAACUCAAGGUCUUGCCCACCUUGACUUCCUCCCAUAAGAACAGCACUGGCUUGGCUGAGACUGGGACACAUUCCAACUCCUACCUGGAGACUAGCAGGGUCUCCAUCUCAGUGCUAGUGCCUGGCCUUUUGCUGGUCUUCGUCACCUCUGCAUUCACAGUGGUGGGCAUGCUGGUCUUUAUCUUGAGGAACCGGAAGCGCUCAAAGAGGAGGGAUGCCAACUCCUCAGCCUCAGAGAUCAACUCCUUACAGACAGUCUGCGACUCCUCCUACUGGCAUAAUGGACCCUACAAUGCAGAUGGAGCCCAUCGAGUAUACGACUGUGGCUCUCACUCCCUAUCAGACUGA